CCACAUAGACAACAAUGUCCGCUAUUUUACGACCAAAGAGAUCAAACUUUACAUUCAAGUUCCUGCCUUUCCUCAAGUCAGAGUACGACCUCACAACAGACCCCGAAAGACCCAUUUGCCAGUUCUACGAUGGAAGAAACAUUAAUUCAUGUCCUAAUGGUUUGAACUGCGAAAACAAACAUGUUUCCUCGAUGUUCAGCAACAAGGUGGUGUGCAAGCAUUGGCUUCGUGGCCUCUGUAAGAAGAACGACAACUGCGAGUUCUUGCAUGAGUACAACUUGAGAAAGAUGCCUGAAUGUCUAUUCUUCACAAAGAAUGGGUUUUGCACUCAGGGCAAUGAAUGUUUGUACAGACACAUUAACCCGCAGCUGAAGAUUCCCGAGUGUCAGGACUUCAACCUUGGAUUCUGUCGGUACGGUCCACAAUGUCCGCGCCGACACGUCAAAAGGGAAAUAUGCCCCUUGUAUUUGUUUGGUUUCUGCCCUGCGGGUCGGGAGUGUGAUAAUGUUCAUCCGAAAUUCAAUGUCUCGAUAGACCGGUUGAGAAUCAAAUCUGAUACAGUAAGGAGGGUCGAGGACAGCAACCAGAAUAGCUCGCUGGAGGUUGAGGAACAAGGUAUGGAUAUUGAUCGCUAGUAGAAAAUCAUGCAUACUGAUUGUAUGUAUGUGGAGACUGAACGGUAUUAGGCACAUCUGUCUGGUGUGCAUUUUCCGGGUCAAUUCUAAAUGUCUGUGAUAUAUUCAUAUGAUGGAAUUCCAUUGUACGGCACAGCUUUGAAGAAACAUAUAUAGUCUAGUAUAAUUAUCAAUGGAUAUAAAUAAGUA